CGCUUCCCGGCUGGGCUCAGAUGAAAACAAAACUCGUUUAACGAUAGACACACGGCGAACGUUUCGAAAGUUAGCGCGUGUCACUUGUUUUAUUAUUUAGUGAACGUUGUGAUUUUUUUUGUGGUUUUUGACUUUUCGCGUACAAAAACAACCGACAACAUGGCCAGAUUAGCCAAAUUCAUUAUGCCGGAGAAAUUCGAGGACAAGCUCAGCAAGCUUAGCUUCAGUAGCGAUUAUGGGUCUGCAGACAGCAUGUCAAUUCCAUCGACCCCAACGACUCCGAGCAGCCCACUACCUGACUUCGACAUCGAGAUAAUUCAAGAAAGCGACAAAGAUGAGGUUUUGAAAUUUUUGCAGACGUUUUUUUUCAAAGACGAACCCUUAAACCACUCCAUCAAUUUGAUUAAUGACGAACACCCGAGGUGUAUGGACUUGGAGAAAUAUUCAUUAAAAGAACUUAACAACGGCCUAAACCUAAAGGCAGUGCUAGACGGCAAGAUGAUCGGCGUGUGUCUUAACGGUAUACUCGAGCGAGGAUUCGUCGACGAAAUCGACCUUAACGACGACAGCGUCAAGCACCCGAAAUUUUCCAAAAUCGCCAAACUGCUCGACUUCGUUGCCAAAGACAGCGACGUGUUCCAGCACUUUCCCGACUGUGAAAAAGCAAUGUCCGUGAAAAUCAUUUCCGUGGACACGACGUUGAGAGGCAGGGGACUGGCCAAACACUUUAUGUUGAAAACCAGGGAUUUGGCGAAAGAACACGGCUGUGGCUUUAUGACGGUGGAUUGUAGCAGUCACUUCAGUGCAAUGGCUUUGGCCAAGUUGAAUUUCAACUUGACUUACACACUGAAAUAUUCCGACUACAAAGUUGAUGGUAAAGUUGUUUUCCAUCCGGAGGAACCCCACACCGCCGUCACUGUGUACACCCAAAGGGUCAAGUAAUUUUAUUUGGCGUGAUAAUUUUUUUUUGCCACGGGUUUAAAUUUGACGCACAAAAUUUAAAUGAGUUGGUUUGCGAAAGUACAAUUAUUGGUACCUAUCUACAUUCCAUUUGUUAAAUAGAUAAGUAUAAAAAUAUUUAUUUUUAAGUUUAAUGAAAACAUAUUUGUGAUUCCCUUUGUAUAUAGUAAAGAUGUAUACGUAAUAUUGUAAAAGUUAGUUUGGAUUGGAGUCAAUAAAAUUUUAUAUAAAAUGUUACAGCGUUUGUUUUUAAACGCGAAAUUUGUUACACUACACGAAAUUGUGCCAAAAAUAAUUUACAUUUGAUUACAUUGCUAUUAUUACUUGUUAUUUUUUUCGACAACGAAAUUAAAUGUCAACUAGUGAGUAAUGAUAAUUAUUUUAGCUAGGUAUGUAUUUCCUGUAAUUUGUGAUGUUUACAGAGUAAAUAAAUAUGUAUAAAC